AGAAGAGGAAGAAAUCCACAACAAACCCCGGAAAGUUAACCUGCUGAUGCUCAGUGGCUGUCCGUGGAACUGAUCUCAGCCACCACUAUGUUUAUUAGCCCAGAGGAGGAGGCCCUGAUUGGUCGAGUGUUUGAAAACUAUCUGACAGAGCAUCACCAUGGUGACAUUCUUCAGCUCAGUACUGAUGUAAAUGAAGACACUCAUCGCUCUGUUGUGGUUAACGCCAUGACACUUUUUGAAGCCAAUAUGGAGGUUGGGGAUUAUUUCAAUGCAUAUCCAAAAGAUGUCUUGGCUGUAUUUGAUAAAGUAUUACAGAAAAAAGCUUCAGAGUUAACAGAUGAGGCUUCUCUCAAAGACAAAGGACAGGGAGCCGGUCAGAGAAGCCUGAGGCAGAUAUAUCACACCCGCAUCAUAGGUCUGCCAGUGUGUCCAGAACUAACCAGACAUACCAUUCCAAGAUCCAGAGAUGUGGGUCACUUUUUGUCUGUUACUGGUACGGUCAUACGUACCAGUGUGGCUAAGGUUCUGGAGUAUGAACGUGAUUACAUGUGCACAAAGUGCCGGCAUGUUUUCAAGGUGCAGGCUGAUUUUGACCAGUUCUACACCUUUGUCCAGCCGGUGGGCUGCCCAAAUCCUGCUGCCUGUAAUUCCUUUAAAUUCAGCUGUCUGUCUGGAGGGUCAGAGCCUGCUGCCUGCAGGGACUACCAGGAAAUUAAGAUACAAGAGCAAGUUCAGAGGCUGUCAGUGGGCAGUAUUCCUCGUUCAUUAGUGGUAGUGCUGGAGGAUGACCUGGUUGACAGCUGUAAAUCAGGUGAUGACAUAACGGUUUAUGGUGUAAUAUAUCUCCGCUGGAAGCCCCUUUAUGAUGGUUCCCCCUGCGAUGUGGAGUUGGUCCUCAGAGCUAACAACAUAGAAGCAAAUAAUCAGCAGGCUGCUGCUGCUCUGAUGGUAAAAGAUGUUCAGAAAGAAUUUGAAGAGUUUUGGGACAGCUACAAGCAGAAUCCACUGGCUGGUAGGAAUGAGAUAUUGUUAAGCCUGUGUUCACAGGUUUUUGGCAUGUAUGUAAUUAAGCUGGCUGUGGCAAUGGUGCUGGCGGGUGGAGUCCAGAGAAUAGACUCUUCUGGGACCAAAGUUAGAGGAGAAUGCCAUUUGUUGCUGGUUGGUGAUCCUGGUACAGGAAAAUCUCAGUUUCUGAAAUAUGCAGCCAAGAUAAUAUCCCGAUCUGUACUUACAGCUGGAAUUGGAUCCACCAGUGCAGGUCUGACGGUUGCUGCAGUAAAGGAUGGAGGUGACUGGCACCUGGAAGCUGGAGCGCUGGUCCUGUCUGAUGGUGGUUUGUGCUGCAUUGAUGAAUUCAGCAGCAUCAAAGAACAUGAUCGAAUCAGCAUUCAUGAAGCGAUGGAGCAGCAGUCAAUCAGCGUAGCCAAAGCUGGAAUGGUGUGCAAGCUGAAUACUCGAACCACCAUUUUGGCAGCUACCAACCCCAAAGGACAGUAUGAUCCCAGUCAGCCUCUCUCUGUGAACGUGGCUCUGGCCAGUCCUUUGCUCAGCCGGUUCGACCUGGUUCUGGUUCUGCUGGACACCAGAAACGUUGAAUGGGACUGUAUCAUCUCUUCUUUUAUUCUUGAGGACCAAGGAACUCCAUCUGAUGCCAGUGGGCUCUGGUCCAUGGAGAAAAUGAAAACUUAUUUCAGUGUGAUUAAACAGCUGCAGCCUCAGGUGUCCGAAGAAGCCAACUGCAUCCUGACUCGUUAUUACCAGCUGCAGCGUCAACGAGACGGUCACAGUGCCGCCCGCACAACUAUCCGCAUGCUGGAGAGUCUGAGCAGACUUGCUGAAGCACAUGCCCGGCUCAUGUACAGAGAGACUGUUACUGUCGAAGAUGCCGUUACAGCCGUGUCAGUCAUGGAGUGCUCCAUGCAGGGUGGUGCUUUGCUGGGAAAUGUAAACGCUUUGCUAACAACAUUUCCCACCGACCCCCUCCAGCAGUAUCAAACCCAGUGUCAGAUGCUCCUGGAGGGACUGAACCUGCCUGAGCUUCUUCAAAGUGAGAUGGAGCGGCUGGCCAGGCUAAGGAGCAACACCCCAGAGUCUGGUAUGUGUGACCCGUCUCUUUCUACAGACCAGCAUCAACUACAUGGUCCAGACUCUGAAACCUCCAGUGACCUAAAGAGUUGUGUAAUAGUGAAGAGUUGUUUGGACCGGCUUCUUGCCACGAGUCCCUCACUGUCCCCAGAUGAUGUCAUCGUACCCAUCAUUACAUCAACCCAAGGAAACAUAAAUACUGCACCAAACAAUAGCUGGUCAGUAUCAUCAGCACUAAGAGCAGGACAAAGUGGAGUUAUGGAAAAAGAACAGAGACGCCUGCCUGAGAAGAAGAACAAUGUUUUGCUAAAUGAGAAGAAGGCGGCCGAAGAUGGAAAAUUGACAGACCUGCACACAAAACUGUCGGCUUUUAUUUUCAAACCCAGAGGUAGGAAACAACCUGACCACAGUGGUAAUGAAGCAGAAACAUUAGGAGAAAAAAGGAUAAAUAUGCAGACGUCAGCUAGACAUGAUGACUUGACUAGCCAAAUGCCACAAGCAAAGAAAAAGAAACGAAUGGAAAAGCUAAAUACUGGACAUUCACAACACUGCACAACCAAACCUACAGCAGCUCAGACUAACCUGGAAAUAGUUCCUCAUAAAACAGAAACUGCUAAGUGCGAACUAAAGCAGUCGGACCUUACUCAUGUUCCAAACCAACAUGCAAAACCUGCAAGCAACAGUGAGGUGAACAUGAGGAAAAGGAAGUGCUUUAAUCUGGACCCGCCACUAAAUACUGAUGGAUCUAAGCCGUUCCUUUCAGGUUUGUCUUUCUCUGGUCUUACUGACUUUUCUAGUGAUGUCCUUGACACUGACUGGGACCAAGAAGUUUCAAAAACCACCAAAGCCUGAGGUCAAAGAAUGUCUGCAUAAAUAGUACAGUGAGGACCUGAAUUUAAUUAUAUGUCUUAAAAAACUUCUUGGUACAAAAACUCUUAAAAGUGAAAAAGAGGAAUUGUACAUGUUUUGUUUUUUGUGUUUAAAAUUUUGAGCAGAGGCUGAUCAGUCUCCUUCAUAUGAGAAAGUGUCUGUAAAAAAUAAUGAAAAAGAAAAAAACGGUUUUCUAGUGAACUUUCUUCUUGGAUUUCUGCUUUUGACCGAUGAGGAAGUGAAAUGUCGCUUAACAAGGUUGCUCUAAUCAAAUAUAAAAAUUGGGAUACAAUGUGGUUUGGACAGCCUUGUUUGAUUUUCAUUUAGACAUUUUAAUUUUUCAUAACUCCAAUAAGGAUGUGAAAGUCAUGUCUGUGCCUUUUCGGCUUCAUAUCUGCUUCUUACUCCAGCUCAAGGAAGCAAAACCUUUUUAUUGCAUUGAUGCAAAAUAAAGUCAACUGACAUCAGCAGGCAAAUGGUAAAAAAGCAUGAAUGAUCUUUAAAUCCCAGUUCCUGAUUUUGUCCUCGUCACACUGAAGUGAUAUGAAGGCACCAACUGCAAAGAUCUCAGCUAUGCAGUGAAACAGAAAGUAGAAAAACAUUGUUUAAUGGGUGAUGGGUUAAUGAGGAGCAUUAUUUGUAUGUUUAUAAUUUUCACAAUGGUUGAGCGUCGGUAGUGAGUCUCUCUUUCACUGGUUUAUUUCCUAUGAUAUUGAGCGACUGUUCCACUUUGAGACUAUUGGGUACAACAUUAAAAAUGACAGAGAAAAGUCAUUGCCAACAUAUAAACAACAAAUAUAGUUUUUUUCUGGGUCAACUAACAAAGCAGUCUACUGGUGCUUUGCACGGAUAUCUGAGACGUGAAAUCUUAACAGGAAUAAACAGGAAGCUGUAGAGGUAAUGGUGGCCUACAACAAACGACCAGAACGCAACAUGUUGAACAUCCACUGGACCGUACAGCUGGCCAACAAGUCAGUUUCUCUUCGUGGCAUCAAUCUAAAUGCUUUGAUAUUUUCAUCAGAUCGCUUCAGGCUUUGUGCUGCAGCUGUUUUCCAGUUUUACUUUCUUUGUGGAUGAACACCAUACAUUUGUUCAACGCAUGUUUUUUUUUGUAUCAUGAGUUACAUUCUGCUCCAACCAACAAAUUCUAGAACUGGUCCAAUAUUAGUCUAAAUGUAAUUAUUUAAAUUCUGUAGUCUGAGGAAAGUGCUACACAAUCACUUGAACUGGAUGCCAUUAAUUUGGCCUCUAAUAGUGUUUUUUUUUUGUUUUUGUUUUGUUUUUACCAAUUAAAUCUCUUAUUAAACAAGCGUCUAGGAUUUCCUUUCAUCAUCUUUGGGAUAUUGCCAACAUUAGAAUGAUCCUGCCUUGGAACGAUGCUGAAAAACGAAUCCAUGUAUUUGUUACUUCAAGGCUGGCUGACUCCUUACCUUCAGGAAGUCCACAGAAUGCAGUUAGAACCCUUCAGCUAAUCCAAAACGCUACAGCAAGAGUUCUGAUGAAGC